UGUCGACAGUGCACAGUCCCACCCAUCCAAACACGAAAGUCUUCUACUCCGCUCGGAUCACGAAAACUGCCGGUGACAUCGACGUCGCGUAUCUUGACCAUGUCUGAUCAGUUGGGUAUUGAUGACUUUGCCGAAGUCCAAGAGGCUCUGUGGGCCGCCAGAUCAAAAUGGGAUAACAUUGGAACCCGACUCAAACUAGAUGUCCAUGAGCUGGAGAGCAUUGAAGCGGAAGGAGGGAUGAGUCUUGACAAGAAGUUCAAUCUCAUGAUCAAGACCAGGUUGAAGAAGAUUGAGCCAUGCACCUGGACAGAUCUCUACGAUGCAUUAAAUCAUCCUACUGUUGCCAUGUCUGACGUGGCAAAUAAGCUUUCAGCAAAGCUAACAACUGCUGAAGUACCCAAUACAAGGGCUGGAGAUGCAGCAUUAUCCAUGAGCAGUACAUCACUGACUGUGGCCAAUACCUCAUUUGACAGUGGAGACACCAAAGAUAAAGAAAUCACUGAGACGAGAGCAAAGAUUGAUCAGUUGCAGAAAGAAUACAUCGAUAUCUCCGUUUGUGCUGCUGAAGAAUUUAGCAAUAGUGUUGCAGUUAAAAAGUUGCGCUACUCCCUCCUCUGUCUUCCGUCUAAUCUCAAAAAGGAGCAUAGAAGGUUUGUUACUAAAGUGAAAGCCGAAAUAAAACAAGCUGAAUCAGCUGAGGAUGUAAUUGAUGUUAUUGGUGAACACUAUGACUACCUCCACUACACUCUGUUGAAGUAUGUCGUUGAUCUCUACGGCAGCGAUGAUCUAAAGAAAACGAUGGAAAAGUAUGAGAAUAAGAUGAAAGCAUUUAGGAAAGAAACAAGGCUUGAAGUAUUUUCGGACGUUUGCGCUGAUGAGCCAGAAGAUAUCAACGGAAGGUUCACCACGAUGGUUAGUAAGCACCAAAUGGACUGGAGAACCGCUACACUGGAAGAUGUUGAGAAGUUUCGCAUUCAAGUCUGCCGGGAGCUGUCCUUGUAUGACUUCUCCCUCAACCUCGUGAAAGUGGCUCGAGGGUGUGUGGAGGUGACAUGGCGGGUUCCUCGUUCUCUGGUGACCUACAUCAAGAACUCUGUCAAGCCCAGCAGUCAGAGCAUGAUGGAGCAUCACGUCACCACUCUCACCAUUGACGGUUUCAUUGUCUACGACUCCUCUUUCGCCAUGCAGUUGGAGUGGAAGGUGAUUCGACUAGGGCUUCAGGCUAUUGAUACCAAUUAUAGCUACCUGUUGGAGGAGAUGUCACCAGAUGAAGUAGUGCCACACCUGGUGCAACGAAGGCUGCUGACACAGCCACAAGGAGAAGAAGUUUGGGCAAAGAGCAGUCAACUAGAGAAAGUACAUAUAAUAGUAGAGGCACUCCGAGAGGCUAAGAAUAGAGUUGUGGGGAUGUUCCCAACAUUCUGUAUGGCUUUGGCUAAUGCAGGACAGUUACAUGUUUCAGAGAGACUCCGUAACAGUGAGUUCCUAAAACAUUAUACAAUCAUCAGUCAAGGUCCUUCAUUCUCAGAGUUCCAGAGUCUACUGAAGGGUGUGGCAGACUCCCACCAACAAGAGGAAGAUGAAGUCAUGAUCUCUGGAGAGUCUAGUACCCAGCCCUCUCCUCCUCCUCCAGAUAGCCGCCUCAUCACUGCUCAAUUGGAGGGUUCUACCCUCACAAGAGCACAGUACAACACCAUACACAGCCUCACCAGCUCCCUACUCCGUAUCCGCACUGGUGAUCUGGUGUAUGAUGGCCACACCCUCAGUCCCCUCACUCUUCACUGGCACUACUAUACUUUUGGUGACGUGUCCAUUUCUCUCUCUCAUUACACUGCAAUGGCACAGGAGGGUAUUAGAAAAAUUCUUUUGAAUGGACAGGAGAUUAUCAUUCUUCAUUUAAAUGAGAUCGGUCUUCUCAAUGCUGCAUAUGAUGGAGAUACAAAGUCAUUGGAUUACGCUCUGGGAGCUGGAGUGCCAGUUGAUUGUCGGAUUCAUAAUGGGAGGAGUUCACUGAUGUAUGCAUCUCAUUAUGGACAUGUGGAGGUGGUGGACAAGUUAUUACGACAUGGAGCCACAGUAGACCUGCAAACAGAGGUACACACACUAUAUGUACAUACGCAAUGCAAGCAAACACGUGUGCAAAACGUAAUCUCAGAA